UCGUGAGAGUUUUUGUGAUUGCUCCUGAGGAUGUGUGAGAUGGGCUUUAACCUCUGGUGUGAAGUACAGUAACUUAGCAACCUGUAAUGGCUUGUGGAGCUCAAAGCUGUUAGGGCUAAAGCCAGAGGAAGGAGAGAAAGAGACAAAUAAAGUGAGAGAGUGAGAGGAGCUUGAGAGUGGGCUAAAGAGAGUGGGGGAAAGGAGACAAAGAAAGGGAGAGGAGAAAGGGAGGAAAGGAAAAAGAGAGGAGAAAGAAAUAGAGAGAGAGGGAUAGAGCAAGUGGAAGGAGAACAAGGAAAUGAGAAGGACACGGACCGAGAGAAAGAGGAAGAUAAAACGAUAGGACAGAGAAAGAGAGGAAACGACGGAGAGGUGAGGAAAAAAACAGACAGGAAGGAAGGAAGGAAAGGAGAAAGAGUGAGGGGGAGAAGAAGAGAGGAAAGGGAAGAGAGGGGAGAAAAUGAGUGAGAUGCAAAAGAAUGAUAUAGACAGAGGAAUGAGACAGAGAGAGAGAGAAAUAGAGGGAAGGGGAAAGGAAAGACAAAAAUAAAGCUACAGACAAAAUGAGAAAAGAGAGAAGCAAGAGAUGCGGAUAGAUAGAAAGGGGGGAAGGAGAAAGAGAGAACAAAAUGAUGGAGAGAGGGGGAUAGAGUAAAAGAAAUAGAGGGGGGUGACAGAACGAGAAGAAGGAGAAAGAGGGAGGACAGAGAGAGAGAGAGAGAGAGAGAACAAGCAAGAAAAGUGAAUGACAGGUAUAGACAGAGAGGAAGGACAAUCAGAGAGAGAGAGAGAGAGAGAGAUCUACAGGUACGCACACUGCUUCUUUCCCUCUUUUCCUCUCGCUCCUCCUCGAGCUGCCUCUCACGCUGUUUCAGCACACAGUCAGCAGUACGGUGCGCGAUGCCGCUCUCAGCCUCUGAUCCGAUCUGAUCUGAUCUGCGUCGCUUUUGUUGUUUUGCGCUCUUUUCCUCUCUCUCCUCCUCUGCGUGCGCCGGACAGCAGCAUGAGCGCAGAGUGCAAGAGCUACUACAGCGCAGAGCACGAGUUCAUCAGCGCCUUCACCUGCCCGAGACAGGGGGGAGACGCACGCGCCGUGUACUGCUGCGGCUUCAACGACGUCAAGUACUGCUGCGACGAUCCCAACAGCUUCUUCCCCUACGAGUAUGGGUACAUGUGGUGGCUGAGUGUUGGUGCUCUGGUGGGUUUGUCCAUAGCUGCUGUGGUGCUGCUGGCCUUCAUCAUCACGCUGUGUGUGCUCUGUUACCUGUUCAUUACCACCAAACCCCGAGGACUCGAUAAUGGUCUCACGCUGCAGGUGCCCGGGUCUGAGGCCGGUCCUCAAGAGGCUUCGAGUCAGCGCAGUGCUCCGUCCGGACCUCAAGGCUUCCGCAAGCAUUUUCUGAGAGGCAAACUGCACUGUGACAACCAGCCGCCCGACCCGGAGCGCCUGUUUCAGCGGUGCUACAUGGCCACCGUUACCACCAUUAACGUCGAGGGGCCUUCGUAA